GCUUUGCAUAUAAGGACUGGUUUGAACAGGCAUCAUUCCCUGCGAUACUGAACAGACACUAAACAUGCCUGUUCAGUAUCAAUAUAAGCCAGCCAAAAAGCCUUGAUCGAAGGCAGAAGCAAUCUUCCUUCUUUUCUCUCAAUCUUCUCAACUCUUUGCGAUCGAUCCCAUCAACAACUCUGAGGAGUGGGAGCAAAUAACGCUUUGAGGAUAGCAUACUAAUGCGUCUCUAGCCAUUAUUUUUGUAGGUUGUUUUUCAUUGCAGGGGUUUUAUCUAACACUCUUAAAGCGUUAUUUUCUGCAAUGGAAGAGACACAGAUGGCUUCUUUCAAGGUUUUGAAUCAAGACUUUGUUCGUUUAGAUCGUUUUGAUGGAACUAACUUCACUCGCUGGCAAGACAAGAUGAAGUUUCUUCUCACUACAUUGAAAGUUUUCUACAUCCUUUCUGCCACACCAUUGCCAGCACCCACUGAAAAAGACACUGAACAACAAAAGGAAGAAAGGAAAAAGCGAGAAGAAGAUGAACUAAUUUGUCGCGGUCAUAUUCUGAAUGCUCUAUCAGACCGUUUAUAUGAUCUGUACACUGAGACGCAAUCAGCAAAGGUCAUAUGGGAUGCCCUUGAAACUAAGUAUAAUGCCGAAGAAGAAGAGAACAAAAAGUGUGCCCCCAUAGAAAUUUUGGUCUGGAUUCGCUACUACCUUCAAGCUCUUUAUAGUCGGCUUAGCUAAGUAUAAUGCUUGAGUUCAUAGUCUACACCAAGUCCUCGUGAUUUAUUUAUUCCAGUGGGUUGGGAAUAUGUUGCAUUAAUCCUUUGGAUGUCACGAUCUGAUCGAUUGAGCUGAUAGAUUGUAAUUCGAGUGGCCACAUUCAGUCUCCCAUUCACGCACUAAAUACAGAAAAUGUAGAAGCACUGAUUACCGUCUGCGGUGUCCUUGGCUCCAUUGACUAAAAAAUUCCAAUCUUUCUCGUAGUGAAA